AUGGAGGACGGUGAGGCCCACGCGGACACCCCGCUCGGAGGGGUGGUUCCUCCAAAAGACAUCGCGCCGUGCGACGACGUCGAGAGCGCCCAAUUUCCAAGUUUCGUCGCGUUCAGGAAGGGGCCCGGAUUCACCGUCCCGGGUCAACCGAACGACUCUAUGCCUGACGUGCUCAAACGCCCGAUCGCUUGGCACGAUAACUGGCGCCGGAAGGGGCGCACGGAGGACGAUGAGAACCCCUCCGAAUUCAAGGAAGUGGUUCCUCUAGAAGACAUCGCACCGUGCCUAGGAUCGACCCUGGAGAGCACCGUGGAUCCAGAUGUGACAGCGCCAGAGACUGGAGAAGGAGACGCGAACCCGGACGAGGAGAAAGACGACGUCUACUUCACAAACGACGAGUACGGACACGAUCUGAGCAUUGGAGACCUUCGCCGAUCGGCCUUCCUGAACGGCACGGUUCUUGUUGGUCUGCACUUCUCCAGGGUGGUCCCUCGCUUCCUCUCGAAUUUCUGGAAAGAAGUCUCCACCAAGAUCAGCGUCCAGUUGCUCACCUCAACCGCCUACCAUGCCCAGACAGACGGCCAGAGCGAGAGAACGAACCAGACCGUGGAAAUCGCCCUCCGAUACUUCGUCACAUCCAAUCUAGACAGACACUAG